AUGAAGCUCUCCGUUGUGGCGUCGGUGCUCGCCGCUGCCUCUUUGUGUACCGCGGAAGUACUCGUCUCGCUGCCUGUAAAUAUUGACGGCAGUCUCAAGAACUUGCAGCUCUUACGUGGCGAGAGCGUGGAGCGUGCCGCGCUUUCGUUCAUGGAGAUGAAUGGACUUGUCGCCGACGGCGUCGAGUCGCAACGGUCGCAGGAAUACAUUGCCCAACUCGCCUCGAUGCUUCGCGAAAAGGUCGCGGAGCAGCAGCCAGUCCCAUCCAAAGAGAUUGUCGUGACAAUUCCGCUGACGAUCAAUGGCGUGGACACAGCGUUGACCCUCUUCCGCGAAGAACCCCACAACGACGCUGUAUCACGUUUCUUGCGUGAUGCCCCAUUGACAGAAGAUGACAAAGUACAAGUCGCCCCCCAACUGUUGCAGCUUCUCCAGACUAAAGUCGCCGAGCUGAACGCGCCUACUGAAGAACCCCAGUUUUCGUUCACUAUCACGAUCGACGGCCAGCCAUCUGUGGUACAGCAUUUUGAAGGCUCGGACCCGCUUGUGGAAGCGCGCGCGUUUGCGGCACGUCUGGGAAUCACAAAUGAAAAUUUUCUCGCGCGCCUGUUGCCGCAAGUGGCCAGCGAAAUCCAAAAGCGAAUUGACGAGAUCCACCCGCCGCCCCCCACGAUGACCGAGCACUUCUCGGUACCGUUGACCGUCAACAACCAAGCCGUUGUGCUGCUAUCUCUUCCUAUCACAAUCGGCGACCAAGUGCACCCACUCGACUAUUACGAAGGCGACAGCCCCGACUUGACGGCGCAGUUGUUCUUGGAAGCGCACGGGCUCACCAAUAACCCCAAUUACGCUGCGUUUGUGCAAGAUUUGUCUCUAAGCAUUCGUCGUGGCCUCCAGGACCUCCAACAGCAACAAGCGGCCAGCACGAGUCCGAAGGAGCCGUUGUUUCAACUCCCCAUCACGCUCGGCCAGAAAACGUACGAUCUGUCGUACUACGACCAAGAGAAUCCCGGCGCCGUCGCGAACGAGUUUUGUACGUCCAAGAUCCACGACCUGUCGACGUCGCUGGGACGUGCUGUGACAGACGAAGAGCUGCAGCAGUGCAAAGUGUACAUCUACCAGACAAUCACACGUGUGGUGGACGAGCUGGCUGCGUCAACGGCGUCGGAAUCGGUCCAGCAACCCGCCGCAGUUGUCGAGGCACCCGUGCAAAAGAGGCAUCUGUUUACGCUUGACAUUGAUUUGGGCGAAGGGAAGAAUGCAGGACUGCCGUACCACGAAGGCGACGACGCGGCGGCGGUCGCCACCCAGUUCUGCGAGCGCAACAACGUAGAGCUCGAGAACGUUCCCAUGCUGGUCGAAGCAAUCCACAAGCAAGUGGCCAAGUUGUAG